AUGGGUCAGGUGGGUCCACCGGGUCCACCGGGUCUACCGGGUCCACCGGGUCCACCGGGUCCACCGGGUCCACCGGGUCCACCGGGUCCACCGGGUCCACCGGGUCCACCGGGUCCACCGGGUCCACCGGGUCAACCGGGUCCACCAGGAGUCCCAACUACUAGUCCACCAGGAGUCCCAACUACCAGUCCACCAGGAGUCCCAACUACCAGUCCACCAGGAGUCCCAACUACCAGUCCACCAGGAGUCCCAACUACCAGUCCACCGGGAGUCCCAACUACCAGUCCACCAGGAGUCCCAACUACCAGUCCACCGGGAGUCCCAACUACUAGUCCACCAGGAGUCCCAACUACCAGUCCACCGGAGUCCCAACUACUAGUCCACCAGGAGUCCCAACUACCAGUCCACCAGGAGUCCCAACUACCAGUCCACCAGGAGUCCCAACUACCAGUCCACCAGGAGUCCCAACUACCAGUCCACCGGGAGUCCCAACUACCAGUCCACCAAGAGACCCAACUACCAGUCCACCGGGAGUCCCAACUACCAGUCCACCAGGAGUCCCAACUACCAGUCCACCAGGAGUCCCAACUACCAGUCCACCGGGAGUCCUAA